AUGAAUCUCACGCCUUCGUCCAACGACAAGGUGGAACAGGAGCACCAGGAGCAGAUCAAUAAUGCUCCUGACAUCACUACUGCCGAUCUCCCUCAGGCCAUCACGGAGAAAGGCCCCGAGCUGAUCGACACUCCUGUCCCCUUGCUCACAUGGCGUUCCGCGGUGAUGGGCCUUCUCGUGUCAAUGGGAGGGUUUGUCUUCGGUUACGACACCGGCCAGAUCUCCGGCUUCUUGCAAACGAAGGAUUUCUUGUAUAAUUUUGGCCAAUGGAAUCCUGCUAAAGGAGCAUAUGAGUUCACCAAUGUGCGCAGUGGACUUAUAACUGGAUUGCUAUCAAUCGGUACAUUGAUUGGUGCCCUGGCUGGUGCCCCCAUCGCGGACUGGAUCGGAAGAAAAUGGUCUAUCUCUAUUUGGUGUGUCGUCUUAUGCGUUGGCUUAACGGUACAAAUAUCAUCGCCUUUCGGGAAAUGGUAUCAGGUUGCUGUCGGCCGUUUAGUUACAGGUCUCGGGGUUGGUGCACUCUCCCUCUUGGUACCAAUGUACCAGGGUGAGAGCGGUCCGCGACAUAUUCGUGGUUCUCUAAUUAGCAUGUAUCAACUUUUUGUCACCCUAGGAAUUUUCGUUGCCUACUGCAUCGAUUUUGGCACCGAGGCCAGGCCAGACACUGGCUCAUGGCGUAUUCCUAUGGGCAUCACGUAUCUCUGGGCUAUUAUCCUCGGGGUUGGCAUUUCGUUCUUCCCGGAGUCACCACGUUUCGACUACCGUCAUGGUAAACCCGACGAGGCAGUUGCCAACCUUGCAAAGAUCUAUGGCAUCCCUCAAAAUCAUCGUGUUCUCGCCCAGGAAUUCGAGGAGAUCAGGCAAAAGUACGUCGAAGAAUGUGCUCAUGGCAAAACCACGUGGAUGAUGAUGCUCCGUGCGCCACGCAUGAAAUACCGCCUCUUGGUUGGAGUGCUGCUGCAAUCUCUUCAGCAGCUCACUGGAGCCAACUACUUCUUCUAUUACGGCACCACGAUUUUCGAAGGUGCCGGUAUCUCAAACUCGUUUGUGACUCAAAUGAUCCUUGGUGGUGUUAAUUUUGGCACUACGUUCCUCGGUCUUUACAAUAUCCAGCAUUUCGGUCGUCGUAAAUCUCUGAUUGCGGGUGCCCUAUGGAUGUUUAUAUGUUUCAUGGUGUUUGCCUCUGUGGGCCAUUUCUCGCUUGAUCGUAAUAACCCGGCUAAUACACCAUCUGCCGGCAUUGCUAUGGUCUGUUUUGCCUGCUUCUUUAUUCUGGGGUUUGCCUCAACAUGGGGCCCCAUGGUUUGGACUAUUAUUGCCGAACUGUACCCUUCCGAGUUCCGAGCACGCGCAAUGUCGAUUGCUACAGCGGCCAAUUGGCUGUGGAAUUUUCUGCUGGCAUUCUUCACUCCUUUCAUCACAGGUGCGAUUGACUUCCGAUUUGGAUAUGUCUUUGCAGGCUGUCUGUUCCUGGCGGCGGGCUUGGUUUACUUCACUGUCAUCGAGGGUAAGGAUCGCACAUUGGAGGAGAUCGAUACCAUGUACGUCCGCAGGAUCAAGCCGUGGGAGAGUUCGAAGUUUGUUUUCCCCGAGGACGACGAGUUUGCAGGCUCUAGAGCGGUGUCUCGAGCGGCAUCUCGACGUCCUAGUCAUACCAAUUAG